CGCUGUCGAGUCGAUCUGCUGUCUUUUGCACAUGGAUGCGACCUCUAAAUCUUUUGAGUUAAUAGUUUGAUCCGGGUUUAUUUAUGCAGAUCAGAUGACAAUGCUUCUUCUGAGGAGAGCCGCGCAGGCGGCGGUGCGGACAAACCACUGCAGGUCGUUUUCUGCGUCACAGGCUCACCUGAACGAGAGAAAAGGUCUGGUGCUGGGAGUGUUUGAGAAGGAGGGAGAGGAGGGCAACCUUCAUCUGACAGAGGCAGCCGCAGGUUUUGACCAAACGGUGUCUGGGAAACUCACUGAACUGCUGAAAAUCUCUGGACCAGCGGUCAAGAAAGGCAAAAGCAGAAUAUUUUAUGGAAUCCACAAGGACUUCCCGUGUGUUGCAGUAGUCGGGCUGGGUAAGAACAAUGCAGGUGUCUGCGGGGCCGAGAGCUGGGACACCAGCAAGGAGAACAUCAGACAGGCAGUGUCAGCUGGCUGCCGGUCACUUCAGGACCUGGAGGUGAACCACGUGGAGGUGGACGGCUGCGGUGAUGCCCAGUCAGCAGCAGAAGGUGCCGCUCUGGGUUUGUUUCAGUAUGACCAACUCAAAUCCAAGAAGAAGACCAAAGUGGCCACACAGCUUCAUGGAAGUGCUGACUCGGUUGGUUGGGAGAAAGGAGUAAAGUAUGCAGAAGGCCAGAAUCUGGCACGGCUCCUCAUGGAAGCUCCUGCCAAUCACAUCACUCCUACUGCUUUUGCCAACACCAUCGAGGAGAAACUAGCGCCGCAUGCUGAACGAGUCACAAUAAAUAAGAGAUCUCAGGCUUGGAUAGAGGAGCAACAGAUGGGAGCGUUUCUCAGUGUGUCUAAAGGUUCAGAGGAGCCCCCUGUCUUCCUGGAGAUACAUUACAAUGGUUCUCCUGACAGCAGUCAGCCCCCACUGCUCUUAGUGGGCAAGGGCAUCACGUUUGACAGUGGUGGUAUUUCUUUGAAGCCGUCUCCUUCUAUGGAUGCAAUGAGAGCUGAUAUGGGGGGAGCUGCCACCGUGUGUGCGUCUAUUGUCACAGCAGCAGCUCUGAAACUGCCAGUCAACAUUAUUGGUCUGGCUCCCCUUUGUGAGAACAUGCCAAGUGGAAAAGCUACUAAACCAGGGGAUGUUGUCACAGCCAAAAAUGGAAAAACAAUCCAGGUUGACAAUACAGAUGCAGAGGGCAGACUGGUCCUUGCUGACGCUCUGUGUUAUGGACACACCUUCAACCCCAGAGCCAUUGUUAAUGUCGCUACACUAACAGGUGCCAUGGAUGUAGCUCUGGGCUCAGCAGCAACUGGAGUAUUUACAAACUCUGACUGGCUCUGGGAGCAGCUGCACAAGGCUAGUGUUGUGACAGGUGACAGAGUGUGGCGGAUGCCUCUGUUCCAGCACUACACCAGACAGGUGACUGAUAGCCAGCUGGCUGACCUCAACAACAUCGGCAAGUACAGCCGUUCUGGCGGUGCAUGCACAGCAGCUGCAUUCCUGAGAGAGUUUGUCACAGCACCUCAUUGGGCCCAUCUGGACAUCGCUGGUGUGAUGAGUAACAAAGAUGAAAUUCCCUACCUGAGAAAAGGCAUGUCUGGAAGACCAACACGUACUCUGGUGGAGUUUGCUGCCGGACUGGCCCAGUGUGGCUGAGAGAGAGACACAAUUAUGAGAUUGGACACAAAACUCUCGAGUUUGAGAGAUUGAACGGUGAUCUCUCAACACAGGUCUAAAGAAUGAGCCAAAGGUUUAAAGUUUAGAAGUCUAUGCACAGUUAAACAGUAUAAUUUCCAUGGAAGAGCUCUGAAAAUCUUGGCAGUGAUUCAUAGGUGUAUUGUGAAAACAAAUUUGAUGUUCACAUACAGCAUCAAUGUUUUGAUGAGAUUUUUGUCACAGUGUAAUACAGGUUCAAUGUCUCCCUGUACUGUAAAAAACCUGAAGCUCUGUAACUACACAGUUCACAUAAUUUAUAUGAUGUAUAAAUAAACUGUAAGAUUUUAA